CACACACACAGUAGAACUUCAGAGUUGUGAACCCCUUGAGAAUUGAGGUUCAUAAAUCUGAAAUGUCCGUAACUCUGAAAGCUGAAUUUUCACUGGUUUUAUUAAAUGCGCUCACAAUCUGAAGAAUAAUUAUUCAAGGCUACAGCACAGCAAUGAACCCCCUGGUAUGGUUCUAAAGUCUUUAAAACUGUACUAUAAAUGAAAAAAAGGCUACGUUGAAGUUCCCAUUGAAAUCGUAACUCAAAAACACAGAUUUAAAACGUCCAUGAAAACCUGGGUUAACGCCUUGUGCGUUUUAAAAACACAGUGUAUUCGUGCAGCUGGACUCCUUUGGCUUGGGGGAAAGUGGAGUGAAAGUGGAGUGUUCGGUAGAGCGGUCGGUUCGUAAGUUUGGGGUUCUACUAUAUAUAUAUAAUCAGUUAAUUAGAUGUAUCACGUGCUGCUUUUAAAAGGAGUUCCAUGGAGCAGAUGCCUGCUCGUUGUUCAUGCUUGGGUAAGUCAGGUUUUACCAGCACAGCAGUUAGACACGCACACAGCACAGAGCCGCCCCGUUCAUUCCACUGACCGAUGCGUUACUGCGGGGAAUUCGUUUCUCAGAAACCUAUUGGUUUCUAUAGGAAAUGUCAGUAAUGGGGUAUUAAUGUCGAGGGAUAGAGCCUUAAGCCGUGAUCCAUGGUAAGGUCAACUCAAUCACGAGCGACGUAUUGAACAACAUUAAGACGCGCGGCUGUUGAGAGGAAAGUCAAUGCAGUGCAAUUAGGCUAGGAUGGGAACGUAUACGAGGAGUAACAAAGGAGUCCGACAGGGGAUGCCGCUGCAAGGACAGCUCCCCUCACCUGCAUUACCCUGGUGACUGGCGCUAUGGAAGACCACACAGGCUGGUCUACGCUGUAGGAUGGUAGCGCACAGUAACGUGGCAGAUAAUGCAGCAGCUGACAGCAGAGCCAGAGACCAACCCCAGAACCACGAGGCACCCCAGCGGCACAGAGAAGCCAUCCCGGACCCCCAGAACCACGAGGCACCCCGGCGGCACAGAGAAGCCCUCCCGGACCAGAACCGCUUCCCCAUCUUCCAGAGCUACCAGGACUUCAGAACCAUCACUGAGACCACAGCGCUGCUGGAGAGAUCCGGCUUCUACUGGGGGCCCCUGUCAGUGGAGGAGGCGCACGCCAAACUCAAAGCAGAGCCCCUGGGCACCUUCCUCAUCAGGGACAGCAGCCAGAAGAACCACUUCUUCACCCUGAGCUUGAAGAUGCAAUCGGGAGCCACCAGCGUGAGGAUCAACUUCAAGAGCUCACGCUUCAGCCUGGUGGGCAGCAAGGAGUCCUUCGACUGUCUGUUCAAGCUGCUGGAGUAUUACACGAGCUGCCCCAAGAAGAGCCUGGGGAAGCCUCUGCGGAAAGAGAAGCUGCAGCCUUUGCAGGAUCUCUGCCGGAAAAGGAUUAUCCAGACUUUUGGCAGGGAGAACGUGGACAGUAUCCCCGUGAACGCUGUGCUCAAGGACUUCCUGAGCUCCUUCCCAUUUCGGAUAUGAUGACGGGACACGAAGCAUUACAUCGCUGCCCUGUGGCGGCGCGGGACAGGCUCUCGAACCCAGGUUCUGCUGUCCGGAUCCGCGAGUCUGAGUGGAGUUAUUUUUGUAGCAAAGUAAAGUAUUCUGUAAUGAGACUUGAACACUUGACACUGAAAGUUUACACACCCAGUGAAUGUUUACACUAUCCAGGGCUAUCCUGCUGCUAUCUCUCUGCUGUGCAGACUCAUACAUUAUUGUUUUCUUGUGAAAAUAAAUUUUGGUAUGACAAUUUUAAAACAUAAUUUCUCGUG